UUUCUGGAGGCCAAGAAUGCCCAUUCGGUCCUGAAACGGUUCCCUCGUGCCAAUGAAUUCCUGGAGGAGCUGCGCCAGGGGACCAUCGAGCGGGAGUGCAUGGAGGAGAUCUGCAGCUACGAGGAGGUCAAGGAGGUGUUUGAGGACAAGGAGAAAACGAUGGAGUUCUGGAAAGGGUACCCGAAUGCAGUCUAUUCAGUCCGAGACCCUGCGCAGAGCUCAGAUGCCAUGUACGUGGUGGUGCCCCUUCUGGGGGUGGCGUUGCUGAUUGUCAUCGCCUUGUUCAUCAUCUGGAGGUGCCAGCUGCAGAAGGCCACCCGUCAUCACCCCUCAUAUGCUCAGAACCGGUACUUAGCGAGUCGCGCGGGGCACAGCCUGCCCCGGGUCAUGGUCUACCGGGGCACCGUGCACAGCCAGGGGGAGGCCUCAGGGCACCGGGAGACAGGGAGCCCCGCGCAGGUGGUGCUCGGGCCUAGUCGUGGGGGUAGAACCACGGUCCGCCUCGAGAGCACCCUCUACCUUCCUGAGCUGUCUCUCUCCAGGCUGUCCAGUGCCACCCCUCCCCCAUCCUAUGAGGAGGUGACUGCUCCCCAGGAAAGCAGCAGUGAGGAAGCGAGCGUCUCUUACAGUGACCCGCCCCCAAAGUAUGAGGAGAUAGUGGCCGCCAACCCUGACUCAGACAAGUAG